CUAUACUUAACUUAACUUAGUGCGACAACUUUAUUUGAGCGAUGUUGACUAAGUUCGCAUUUACUAUUUUGUUAUUCACGCAAUGUUCUACAGCUGAAGAUGAGAGCCAUUUACAACCGAGCAAUAAAAUUAAUCAGGGUAGCCUUACAGGAAAAUACAUGGAAUCAAGGAAUGGUAGACAAUUUAGCGCUUACUUAGGGAUACCCUAUGCAGAACCACCAAUUGGAAAUUUAAGGUUCAAGGCACCAAUUCCCGGAGCACCAUGGAAAGGUAACCUAAAAGCUACUGAGCAUGGUGCGAUGUGUCCACAAGAAGAUCCCAUUCUAAAAUUGCCAUACAUGGGAGAUGAGAAUUGUUUAUUCCUCAACGUUUACACUCCACAAUUGACUACUUCCGAUAGCCGGUCAUUUGCAGUGAUGAUAUUCAUACACGGUGGUGGUUUCGUUUGCGGUACAGGCAAUUCUUAUGGCCCAGAUUACCUACUGGACGAGGACAUCGUCUUGGUCACUUUCAACUAUAGAUUAGGCCCGCUUGGUUUCAUGAGUACCGGCGAUGAAAUCCUGCCCGGAAAUAAUGGGUUAAAGGAUCAAUCGCUCGCGUUAAAGUGGGUGAAUCAAAAUAUAAGGGCAUUUGGAGGUGAUCCGAAGCGAAUAACCAUAUUUGGCGAAUCUGCCGGUGCGGCCAGCGUGCAUUUUCACAUGUUUUCGCCUUUAUCUCGAGGACUGUUUAGUGCUGCAAUUUCCCAGAGUGGCACUGUGUUCAGCACUUGGGCGCUUACGGAUAAGAAGUUUGUUGUCGGAAACACAAAGAAACUAGCGCAAUACGUGGGCUGCUCGACUGACAACCAUUACGACAUGAUCGAGUGCCUGCGCUCUGCGGAUGAAAUGAAGCUAGUCGAGUCCCGACGAAUAUUUUAUGAAUGGGACAUAGAGCCGUUGAUGGUGUUUACAGCUGUUGUAGAGGACGAUACGGAAGGUUCAUUUUUACCGGACAGCCCUUUGAAUAUUUUAAAGUCUGGGAAGUACGCCAAUGUACCUUGGAUAACCGGGGUGAACAGUGCGGAAGGCGCAUUCAGGGUUGCUGGUAUUCACAAGGACAAGAAGCUGUUGCGAGAACUUGACGAAGACUUCAAUCGCAUUAUGGCGAUAACUUUCAUUAGCAAAGAUCCUCAGUUUGAGCACAUCGCGAAGCGUAUUCGAAAAUUUUACUUUGGAAACAAGCAAAUUGGCGAAAACACUAUAUUGGACGCUGUAGAUUUAUAUUCGGACAUCAUCAUCAUUCCAGCCACGCAUCUUUCGGUGGAACUCCACUUGAAGUACUCCAAACAGCCUGUAUAUUAUUACCUAUUUUCCCAUUCCAUCCAACAUAGUUUCGCCGAACUUAUCGGAGUCCCAUCAUUUCGAUACGGCGCUGGUCAUUUGGAUGAGGCACUGUUGCAGUUUCCUGUUGGUUUGAUGCUUAGAGCAAUGGAUCAAGAGGACCUUCGUUACUCAAGGCUACUCAUAAGCAUGUGGACGAAUUUUGCGGCAUACGGCAAUCCAACGCCCGAAACCGGCUCACUGAUCACUUCCAAGUGGGAGCCAGUUACUACAACAGCUUUGGAAUAUUAUCAUAUUGGAGGUGGUGUUCAUACAUCAAGUAAUUUGUACUCUGAACGGAUCCAGUUUUGGAAACAGAUCAAUAAAGAAAUGAAAUUGAGUAUGCGCGAUGAGUUGUAAGCGACCUGUAGAUUAAGAUGGUUUAAUUGCUCUGUGUGAUUUAUUAUUUUUCACAGUUCACAUGUAAUCAUAAAAUUGAGCCAAAACAAGAAAAUUUAAAAUUUAAUCAA